GGUAGUGGCACUAGCUCCAAUCCAAAUCCAAGUACCCACGAAAGUGGGAAUGCUACAGCCAGUCCUGUGGCUACAACACAUUCUUUUCAUCAAAAUCAAGCACAUUUUGAACGAGUUACACAUUCCAUGGAAGGAGAUCAUGCAAAUUUCACACCUACUGAACAAGCUACAGAUUCUGUUGAAACCACAGUGGAGUAGAAUCUUUAUUCAGGACAUGAAGGUAUAACCGAUUUUUGUGUAGAUGACAUACAAGGUGAUCCAGGACUUCACAUUCCAAUAGAUAUAUUUAGCCCAAAUAUUGGAGUGGAUGUUAGAUUUACUUACCUAGGGAUGGUUCCAACUCAACCAAUUGAUCACAAUUUUCCACCAAAUAAAGAUGAAAGGCGCUUUCGGCCAGCAUGGUAUAAGGACUUUGAUUGGUUGGAACAUAGUGUAGAAAAGGAAAAGGCUUACUCUUUGAUUGUUUUCUCAUUAAGCAUGAUUGAAUGGAUGAUCAGUAUGGUUAUGAGGUUUUCUCCAAAUCAGGGUAUGACAAUCGGAAAAAAUGCAGUUGUAACAUUUCGUAAACAUGUUAGUGGACCAACUAGCAUCCACAAUAUUUCAAGGACAACAUGUGAUGAUUUCAAAACUCAAAAAGCAAGUUUGAAAAGUAAAGUAACAACGUAGACGAAAGGUUCACUCGAGAAAUAUGAAACUCGUGUGGACACAUCUUUGGGCAUUGUAAGUUACCUGGCAUUACAAGGUGAACCAUUUCGUGGACAUGAUGAAUCCACUACUUCUUUGAACAAGGGAAAAAAAUUAGAGUUACUUGAUUGGGUCAAAGAAAGGAAUCCAGAAGUGAAGGUUGCAUUUGUUGAUAUAUGUCCUAAAAAUGCCAAAAUGACUUCUGAAAUCAUUCAAAAAGCAUUUGCUAAGCAUUGUGCAAUGGAGGUCACCAAAGCAAUCAAAGAAGAGAUGUAUGGUUGCCUGUUCUCUGUUCUUAUUGAUGAGUGUCGUGGUAUUUCAGAGAAAGAACAAAUGGCCAUGGUUGUGAGGUUCGGGUGCAAGUUUUUGAGCAAAAAAGGAGACAUGGAAAGGUUUUUGGGCAUUAAGCACGUCCCAGACACAACAUCAGCAUAUUUGAAGAAGGCACUAUUGGAGGUUUUUGCUAAAUAUGGUCUGCUUGUUGCAAGAAUACGAGGGCAAGUGUAUGAUGGUGCAUCUAAGAUGAGACGAGAAUUUAAUGGCCUUCAAAAGUUAAUUAGUGAUGAGAACCCACAUGCUUUCUAUAUUCAGUGCUUAGCUCGCCAACUUAAGUUGAUAGUUGUUGCAGUUUCGAGAUGUUGCAAGGGUGUUGAGGAUUUGUUUCGACUAUGUGACCAUGAUUGUCAAUCUCAGCAAUUUUUAGCAAGAGAAUUAUUCUAUCAGGAACUAUAUAAGUGUCAAUAG